UUCCCUCUUUGGUGUUGGACGUCAUCCACAUGUCCGGUACGAGCCACGAGGUUUGGAGAAGCGAGUCCAGGGUCAGCAGAAGCCAAUUCAGGGGAUUUUGUGGCAUCCGUGCGUCCCUCGCGAAUUGCACGUUGCAGUGGGCCGCAUCAAUGCGUUCUCCCUGCCUUCCCAGAAACACACGUGUAGGCGUAAGGCUUGUUUCCUUCCAAUCGUAUCCGUAAUUCAGGACAUCUUGGUCGUUUGCGGUUUGGCAGGUCAAGUACAGAUUACUGCGAAAGAAACACUUGCUGGCUGUUGCGACUUUCAUGUGCGCCCCUUUCCUCUGCAUCGGCGGCGCGACGCGAUUCCUCUCCUGGCUUCGGUUGCAAUCACGUCGUGCAGUUCCCGCAAUGGUUACAGGCCUUUCUGUUCAUCCAAUAUUGUUUUGCGGCAGCUGGUGGGCGCACCGGACGCAUGCCCGUCUGAAAAACGAGGGCUGGCCGGCAUCUGCAUGCAAUUGGGAUGAGCGAGCGGCUAUUUUGUUGCGCCUUUCAUGUGCCUGGCGCCAUGGAGUUGGUCGCAUGGACCAUUUCCACGUGGUCGCAAGGAUGUGGCAACUCAGCUUCGCAUGGGAACCUCGGGUGUUGACCCCUUGGUUUCAGGAUUUUCACGUUCAUCCAGUCGGCCUUGCUUGCUCCGUCAUUGGCCCAAAAGCGGGAUGUCAUGUCAGGCACAUCCCCAGCAGAGAUGCGCCGAACUGGCCCGAGAAGCCGGUUGAGCUGGGCCUCGAGAGAUCGGCGGAGAACGGGUAACGGCAGCUAGCGGACCUUUCUUUUUUUCCAUGGUGUUCGUGGUUUUGCUGAUCUUAUGAGCAGUGAG